AUUUCCGACCGGAACUUCCUUUUUUUAUUUAUUUUUUUUUAUUUUUGCACUAAAGCGCCAAGUUUGAAGACACGACAGCAGUGCAGACUGUUUACAAUGUUAGUUUACUUUGUCACAUGUAAAAAAAGUCUUUAAUUUUCAUGUUUAUUUUGUUUUAUAGCGGGUUUGAAGUUUCACUUCCGUGUAGCUGAGUGUAAUUUGGUGUUAUUUUUGUUAGCUUAGCUUCAGUAACUCAGCUCGCUGUGGGGUUUUCCGGUUUUAUUCAGAUAAAAUAACCAGACUGCAGCGGGGAUUUAGAAGAAGAAAGCUGACAUUUGGUCGUUUUACGUGCUGGAGCACUUGCUAAUGGAUCCAAACAUUGAGGUGAUUGUGCUGAGCGAUGAUGAAGAUGCAGGCGGCGGCCACACGGGGGCGCUCGACAACUGCUCCGUUUUAAUAGUGGAGGAAGAAAACGAAAAGAGCAAAGAUCUCGCUGAAACCACUGAAAUUCUGGACGAGGACGUGACCAUAACCUUCUCUCGGAAAGCCAGCGUUCUGCCUCACGCCAGAUACGACUGCACCGUCUCUUUCAGCUUUACAGACUCAGACGUGUCGCAGCCGGAGAGCGAGAACGCGGCGUUCUGCGAGCAGUGCUUCUGUUACAUCUGCGACCGGCUGGCCUCACAGUGUAAGUUCUGGACCGUUCCCGGGUUUUGUCACUGUAACGCUCACAAACGCAGCGUUUACUGGAAAUCCCUUCGCGACAAAAGGAUCAUGGGAUACCUGCACGAGCUCAGAUUCACCUUUAACCCGGCGGAUAUGGAUUCAGACCUCCGGCGUGCAGAAACCUCCCUGCAGGAGUUCGCACGUUGCUUGGCGCUGAAGUACGCCGCUUUCUUGAUGGAGACGGGGAACCCGAACCGACAAAUCGCCUGCGCUUGCCCGUGUCAUUCCACCAAUAGCAAAGCAGCAGAGAGCGGCUCGGCCAAUGGGAGCGCGGCGGGAUGUUCGAGGUGCUACAUCGAGCACCAGAAACUGGUUCUGUACGACUACACUCCUGUGACGGAGUGUGUGUACGCUUUUCUCGAUGAGGCGAGGAAGGAACAUCCAAAGGCCGGCUCUGUCAUGGCGCUCGGUGCCAUUAAGCUUUUCAUCACACACUCUGCAUCUGGAAUCACACACGCUCCGGCGAUUUCACAUGUUGCACUGGAACUGUUUUGGAGAGCGAUGUCAAUGGUGCAGAUUUUGUUAGUCGAUGCUGACUUUCCCGCCUCCUUCGUCAAGCAGCUGCAAGACUUCUUCCAGAUUCUUCCACUUCCUCCUGACUUCAGGAAGUUCAGAAACGGUCUGAUCGUGCUUUCCUGGGACGACCCUUUGCUCUCGGCGGUGCUGAAGGGUCAGAACGUCACCGGGGUGCGGCAGGUCAAAGGUCGACGCCCGGAGACACUGCAUGAAGCAGCGGUGGUGGUCAGAACCCGGGUUCUUAAACUCCAGCAGCAGAAAAGGUAUCGUGAGCUGGCUCGCUAUCUUAAAGUUGUGAAAAGUGACAACGCUGCCAAGCUGCAGGUGAUGAAAGACUGGAUUCCACUUUAUUUGUGCAAGGUUGGCGAUUAUGCAGGUGCGACCGACUCCUUGCUCAGCUCCAUGUACGGCUCCUCGUGCCCCGCCUCUAGGCUCAGUCCCGCCCAGUUUUGUGCCUACCUCAGAAUAUUCAUGUCUGGCCACGCCCCCCACAGCAUACCCCACCCCCCGCAAGACGAGCUCGGUCCUUAUCCUCAACACGUCCACGCGGUCCAGACAGAUCCUUUACUCAGUAGCACAUGGACACCUAUUGAAGGAGGAUCCAACCUGCUGAAAAGGCAGGAGGUGCUGAAGUUUGCACUCCGAGUCCUGAACUGUAACAAUGCAGUCUUUGCACAUGCCGAAAGCUGGAUAAAAGUGCUGAAGUUUGCCAACAUGUCUUCUUCUUCUUCUUCUUCUUCUUCUUCUUCUGGUCCAGACGGCGCGUGUUUACCAGAACCCAGCUACAUCUUCCUGACAAGGACCAGGGACGUCGCCACGGGGAUCCUCAGCGAGCUCAAUCGCACUUCCCGGAUCCAGAUUCCGAAAAGCUUUCAGAACGGAUAUCCGGACCAGGCGUUGCUGCUCUUAGCCACUCAGGCUUUAGCGUGGCGUCUCCUGCACUCACGACUCCAACCCAUCCUCUCCGUCAUCCUGACCUUCAAAUCAAACCCCUGGGUGAUGCGCUGGCUGUUCAGCAGUCUACUGGUGCAGCCACAAAUGCUUCAGGAUUUGCUCAGUGUGACUGUGGAGGAACUCGUGGACACACAAUGCAAAUCCGUCCUGCGAUUACAGGACACGGCUGAGCAGUUCUUCAUUGCGAGUUUCCUCUGUCUGUUCUUCCUGGAGCCCAGCGUAGUUCUCCAUCCCAACACUUAUCCCAUGACCGAUCUGCUGGCGAAGUGGAACGAGUUUGAAAACCCGUGGCAGUACCACCUCAGACGAAUGCUUGAAGUCAACGAGAAGAGUCUGAGCGUGGACAAACAGCAAAUCCUCAUCCAGAUGAUUAAGUGGGGUCUGCGUCAAUAACGUGCGUGUGUGUGUGUGUGUGUGUUUGUGUGUGUGUUAAGAAACAUGUUCCCCAUUAAGACGUCUCCCCGUCUGUGUGUGACGGCAGUCAGAAUUGAUCAGGUAUCGUAAUUAAGACUUCUGAUUUUUAAAAGGACGCUCUAGUGAUCCUAAUAUAUAUAUAUAUAUAUAUAUAUAUAUGUUGCCAAUUUUGUAGUUUUCGAAAUGAUCCAAAUAAAGUUUAGUUGAAAAGCGUUUACAGAUUAAGAGGCUAUGCUUAUACAGCAGGCUUCUCUAAGCCAAUCGAUUCCCCCUUUUUUUUUUUUUUUUUUUCCCCCCCCAAAUAGCAUGCUGCCGUAGCUGCGUCAGUACGUUUACGUGUCAAACGCUGAAAUUAGGAUUUAAAUACGAUAUAAAGAUACACAGGGAGAGUGUGUAGCAGACGCAGGAAAUGUAAAUUUGUCCUUUUUCAUGCUCAGUAGAGAAAAGUUUCGUGUAUGAUUAUAAAAU